AUGGAGGUAAGCCAGAAGACCAGGGUUAGGUGUGGCUGUCUAGGAGAGGGACUUAAAUGCCCUUGCAUGUCAGCCACACUGUCUCAGCUAGAGAUGGGUAAGCUCUCCCAGGCUUAUCAUGAAUUAGUUUGGAAAGUAGGAUCUUCUUUCUCCAAUCUCCGCCCCCCUUCAAAUGGGAAGAUCUUGUAUAAUUUUUUCCAAGCUGAAAGUCAAAGCCUAGAAAAAUUACUUCCAUUGGUCCUCUAAUGGAUGUAAUGGAAUGACAUGACUUAAUUACUUUUAAUAGGGGAGGCUAUACACACACACACAUUGUUGCAUUUUUUUUUGUUUUCUUUUCCACCUUUGAUACAAAUCCUUGCCAGGCAGGCUACAUUCAAAUCAAAAUAUAGCAAUGAAAUUAUAGCCAAAUAGUAUCCUAGCAUAUCAGUUCAUCAGGAUCCUUCCCACAGGGCAGCUGGUGUCAUUUGGUACGUUUUUUUUGUUUAGGGUGGUGAAGGACGGUCCAUCUGGGACAGGAGAAGCCUCCAAUGCCUUUUUCAUCUGCAUUCUUACGGGCUUCCCAUGGGCAACUAUGAGAGGAGGUUCUUACACCUGCCUCAUAAGCUCUUGUUCCUUCCCACAGGGCAGUUGGUGUCAAUUGGCAUGGGGGUGGGACACAUUCCAGUUGGAGCAGGAACAGGAGAAUGGGCAAAAAGUGAAAGGAGGAGGAAGCUCAUCUCCUGUCAAAGAGUCCUUUGGAAUGUAAUGAAGCCCCAUUUUCCCAUCACAUUCAAGAGGGAAAAACUGUUCCCUCCUGGGGUACAGGAAGCCAGCAAUUGGGGUAAAAUGUGGAGAAAUAUUCUGGGGUUGUAAAGGUCAUUUCUCCUUUGGUGCCUAUGGGCCAGGCUUUUACUAGCCUAGCUCUGGAGAAUGUUGCCUUUAUCUCUAGUCUCAGCAAUGGGUCUUACUGCUCUUCCCCUUGUUGGGUUCCCAGCGAAGCUCCCUCAGCAUGAUGUCCCUUUGCAGCAAACCUAUAGAUUGUUUGGUUUUCAGCCUAUGGUUCUGCAACCUCCACUGUGGCAAAGGAUUAGGUUUGGGCACCUAAUCCCUGCUGGAAGAGACGCUUGAGUCACCCCUUGCCGUACAAGCGGAGCUUGGCCUUCAUAUGAGGGAAUAGAAUACCAUGCGCCUGUGUUAUCAGCUGCUAGUUUGCAAGCUGCUUUUGUAGCAACAUAGAUGGCCUUGUCUGCUUCCCCUAGGAGCUUGCAUGGAGAAGCAGUAGCAGGGAAGGGUAUCUGCAGGCUGCCUGCCUGGCUAGCGCUGCUCUGCGUAAAGAUUUAGCUUCAUUCGCUCCUUUCUCCAGCAGUGAGCUAUUUAGUUACACUGGAACAGCAGUGGUGUGAAAGAGGAUUUUUUUUGGCAGUGUGUGUGUGUGUCAUUCCAUGCUGAGGCUUCCACCGCCUUUCCCCUCCUUCUCGUUCCUGCAGGGUGCAGAUUACCAGUUGCCUUCUGCCCACUCAGCCAGUGUGACCCUCUCUUCCCCAUCCUCCUCCCCCUCUUCCUGUGAUGGAGCGGACACCCUGGCUUUCAACGGGGAGCUGGAUCUGCAACGCUACUCCAACGGGCCGGGGGGACCUGGGGGUGAGGCCCGCCCUUACCCAUGCCCCAUCUGCGGCAAGCGGUUCCGCUUCAACAGCAUCCUGGCCCUGCACACGCGCAUCCACACCAGCUCUUCCCCUCUCACCUGCCCCUACUGCGGCCACCGGGCGGGGCAGCGUGCCAGCCUGCGCCUCCACUUGCGCUCCCACUGCCCCGAGGCCCGCGCCCGCCUCAGCCACCAGAGCCGCCUGCUGCUUGAGCUGGAGGAGCGGGCGCUUUUGCGGGGGCAAGAGGAGGAGGAGGAGAAGGAGGAGGAGGAAGAGGAGGAGGAGGAUGAAGAGGAAGAGGAAGAAGAACAAGCUGCCCCUGCUCCACCUCCACCCCUGCCCACCUUCCGCUGCCCUUUCUGCAAGGGCAAGUUCCGUACCGCCGGCGAGCGGGACCGCCACCUCCGCAUCCUCCACCAGCCCUACAAGUGUGGACAGUGCUCCUUUGCUGCCGCCCAGGAGGUGGAACUCCAGUGGCACAACCAGCAAGCCCAUGGGCUCCCGGCCGCCCGGCUGCCCACCCCUCCUGCCCCUGUCCCCGCUGCAGUUGCCCCACCUGCCCCUCCAGCCUCUGCCCCUGCUGCUCCCUCAGCCGCUGCACCCACUGAGUUCCGCUGCCAGGUUUGCGGCCAGGCCUUCACCCAGUCCUGGUUCCUCAAGGGUCACAUGCGGAAGCACAAAGACUCCUUUGACCACAAGUGCCAGGUGUGUGGGCGUGGCUUCAAGGAGCCGUGGUUUCUCAAGAACCACAUGAAGGUUCAUCUCAGCAAGCUAGGCCUCCAGAGCGAACAAAGAGGGCCCGGCCCAGGCCGGUCCGCCCAAAGCUUACUCGUCGGCUGCGAGGCCCUCUACCCUUCCCUCCUCUCCCCUCGGCCCACGGAUAAGGCCAGCACGGGCAAUUUCUUGGGCUAUGGCGAUGCCAGCUGCGCCGAGCGGCUGCAGGCCACAGCUCGGGCGGUGGAGAGUGGCCAGCAGUGGAGGGAGCGCUCUUACGCAGGAGGUUCCAAGCUGGUGAGAGAGGACCCAGGAGGGAGCCACCGCUGCCCAGAUUGCUCCCGGACCUUCGGCACAUUCCAACAGAUGGCCUUGCACCGACAGAGCCACCUGUCCCGAGAGAGGGAGUGGAGCAAGGGGCAGUCGCUGGGCUCUCACCUUCUUGCAGGACACUGGCUCCCCACAAAUGUCAGAGCCUCCACAGCAGCCAACACCAGUCCGUCUCUGCUGACCCAGGAGGAAAAGGGCAAGUAUGGACAAGCAGAGCAUAGCUGCUUUGGGAUUUGGGGGUGGUUGUUUUUAUGUGGGGGCUACCAAAGAGGGUCUCACAUAUCACAAAGCAAUCUCAGAUUCUAGAUCAACCCGUGCUUUUGAGCUGCCUUCCUCUAGCAAAAUAAAAAAUGAGGAUGUGGGUGGGUUACAUUCCAUAGCUGGGCUGGUUUUAGCUGAAAACUGCAUUUCCCCCUUUGUUUUAUAAAAGGAUAUGUGUGAGGGGUGGAGGAAGAAAUUAAGGGAUAUGUCCAGUUGAUGUAUAUGAAUAAAGGUCAGGAAUAAACUAAUAGAAUUGUAUUGGUAGGCCAAACCCAGCAAAGGAAGCAACAUACUGGAUGGAAAAUGCUUAACAAAACCAUAUGUUUAAAAUAAUGAUGUUUAGCAGUGGCCUGUGUGGUGGGACAUGGUUGCCACUAUUGGGUCGCAUCCAAGGCAGAAGUGGGGCAAGACCCAUGUGCUUACUGAUGUCCACCUUUCCUCCAGCCCUCAAACAGAACUGCACAGGAGGCUGAUGAUGCCAUUGGAUAUCAGAGCACAUCCCACUACUAAAUUAUUUAAAACAUUUAAGUAACUAGCCUAAAAGGAUAGCCAACAAAGAGUUGACCAAUUGCUUUUGGACACCAGUUCCCAUCAGCUCCAGCCAGCAUGGCCCAGUGGUCAGGGAUGAUGGGAACUGUAGUCCUUAAAUAUCUACAGGACACCACUUUGGUCUAAACAACGGAAUGCUUAUAAUAUAAAAUACAAAAUAAACCAACUAACAAAAACCUUGUAAAGCUACCAUGCCUGGAAUUCUGGGAAGGGCAACAAGCCUGGCAUGCAGUUAUCUACAGAUUUUACCUCAGAAUGAGCAAGAGUUCCGUGAUACCCAAACAAUAGCUCUCAGUAUUCAAAAUAUUAGUUGGUGUAACUGAAACAUUUCCCCACUGCUCUGCACAGUUUUGCAUGAUUGUUCGGUGUCUCACCUCUGCCUCCCAGUUAAAACAAGUUUGGGCAAGGGGAUGUUGGUGUCAUGAGACCUUGUAGCUUUCUGCAUAAGCACCCACAUGCACCCACACCCAGAUUCUGCAUGAGGAAAAUUCAAACUCUGUGUCUUGAAGGAAAUAAACUGCAUUGAUGCAAAUAAAUACUUCCCCAAGUGGUUUUACAACAUUCCUUCAAAGCACAUAUCCGCACAACAAAUGCAUAUCUGUUUUAUACGGUUCCACUGUUCUAGAAGCCAUACUGUUUUGCUGUUCUCCCAGUAAACCUGGGGAAUUGUGAUAAUUGUUCUGAGAACUUUUCUGGAACCUGUAACUCCUCCCUCCACAGAACAGCAGUUCCUCCCAAUUCCUGAUUAGAGAAAAGGGCUAUUAAGCCAUUUUAAGCCUAUGAUGUAGAAAUGUCCUAAUUCUCAAGUCUGCCACAUUGUUUAGCUCUUUAAAAAAAAUGUAAGGCAUGAAUCACAUGCUGUGUCACCGCCAUGAGGUGAUUUUUACCAUGUCAUUUUUGUAUGGUGGAUGUGUUGCUUAAAUAUGCCCUCAGGUGGCGAAAGCUGGGAUUUACCACACUGGUUAGAAUAAUUGGAAACUAGGCUUUGAGGUUAUUAUGUUUAGUGUAGUAAAUUCCAUCUCUUUCCACCUGAGGAUGCAUUAAAACAUGUUCACCAUUCCAAAAAUAUCAGGGCCUCAUUUUGUGCUUUGUAUGCAUUUGUGUGUGCAUUUCUUCUUCCCCACAAGACCAGCAUGAACCAACAGUCAGGCAGCUAACUUGGGCCUCAGUACUGACAAGUACCCAAUACUUCCAUCAUUCUCACUUUCAGCUACUCACAAAUAUUACUUCUUCUGUCCUUUGGCAGAACCUUUUACAGGAAAGAGAAGGGAAGGAAGCAUGGUGAGGUUGCCUAGCAACUUGAAAUGGAAUAACUAGCAAUUGUGCUUUCCACCCCUCGCUUCUUCAUGCAAAAGUUUGAGCUAAACCAUAGUUUGGAGUGAUGUGAAUGAGCUGAAGUGAGCCUCAGGGUCUUGUGGCUGUGCUCUUCCUCUUCUGCUCUUCCAUUAGGAUGAGUUUGAAAGCUUUUGCCUAACCACAGCUUGUCAUCUAAACUGACAAGCUGUGGCUAAUGUUAAUUAUGGUUUGUUUGAAGCAAGCCAAUGUGAAACCAUGUUGCUGACCAAAUGGUUUUUAUUUUAGACUUGGUGUAUGAGGGUGCAGUAUCAAUUUUUCCAGUCAAUUGAGAUAUAUAUGCGUGCCAUAUGACUAAGAAAAAAGAAGUGGAAAAGAUGACAACACGGUCAGAUGUUAAUAUAGCAAACAGAAUAUCUCUUUUGAAAAAAUCAAACCAACCUAUCAAAGUCAACUUCUGUUGUCACAAAUGAUUCUUCUUCUAUUUCCAUCUCUAAAAACAUAAAAAACACCACCCUUCUUUUGACACAUCACUGCAUGGUGUGUGUGAUGUUUGUGAACAGUUGCAAUUUUUUUUUUAAUUCUAAAGCAUUCUGUGUAAUCUUUACCCAAGGCAGCCAAUCUUCUGUCAUUGGUGUUUACAGUGGUGCCCCGCAAGACGAAUGCCUCGCAAGAUGGAAAACCCGCUAGACGAAAGGGUUUUCCAUUUUUCAAUGCGCUUCGCAGGACAAAUUUCCCCAUGGGCUUGCUUCGCAAGACGAAAAUGUCUUGCGAGUCUUGAGAUUUUUUUUCGCUCCCCCCCCCUUUUUCUAAGCCGCUAAACCUUUAAUAGCCUUUUAGCAGCUAAGCCGCUAAGCCUUUAAUAGCCGCUAAACCACUAAUAGCGCUAAUCCGCUAAGCCGCUAAUAGGGUUGCUUCGCAAGACGAAAAAACGCUAGACGAAGACACUCGCGGAACGGAUUAUUUUUGUCUUGCGAGGCACCACUGUAUUUUCAAUUCACAACCCACCCACCGCCGUUUAGAGCAGUCAUCAUUUUUUGCAGCUACUAUGUUGGGCUACAUUUUGAAACAAAGGUGACAAAUUAGGUACAGAUCCAGACCUAGCGAUGUAGCUGUCAUGGUUGUCUUCGAAGGCAUGGUCUGUGUUGGGGUGAAAAAGUGAGACACGUGUGGCACUUGUGGAUGUGAGGGGGGGGUUUAAAAACUAUGUUUCUGUAGCUCUAAAGAAGAACAAAGCGGGCAGAGAAUCCAUAUGUAAAGCAUAUAGAGAAGGGUCAAGAAACCCUGCAGUCCCCUCAUACUAAAAAGCUUCCCGCCUUGCUGUGUUUUCCCCAGACAUGCAAGGGCAGUCGCGCCUGGACGGAUCCCGGCGGGGCACUGGGAAAGACUGUCCGUUCUGUGGGAAGUCCUUCAGAUCCUCACACCAUCUAAAGGUGCACCUCCGCGUCCACACAGGUAAGAUCAAGAUGCGGCAAAAGUGGGGUAGGGUUUGCCUAAAUCGGUGGAAAUGUGCAAUAAGGCUGGUACUUGCUAGCCCCCCCCCCAAGUUCUGUAUCUUGCAGAGGCAUACCACACGGGAGCUCAGACCUCUGUACAGUCGUACCUUGGUUGACAAAUGCCUUGCGAGUCAAACCUUUUGGCUCCCGAACGCCGCAAACCUGGAAGUGGGUGUUCUGGUUUGUGAAUGUUUUUUGGAACCCGAACGGCCGACAGGGCUUCCUGCAGCCAAUUGAAAGCCGUGCCUUGACUUCCGAAUGUUUUGGAAGUUGAAUGGACUUCCUGAACGGAUUCCGUUCGACUUCAGAGGUGCAACUAUACUGCCUGUUCCUUUGCUUUCACCAGACAUGCAAAGCAGUGGCACAAGUGGAGACAUAGAGCAGCAUUCUCUGCUGAUCUCAGUUUAGGCUGCCUUUCCUUUCCGUAUGGAAGCUCAAAACUGGUUACAAAAAGCCAGCACGAACAAAUAUGUAUUAUGUAUAAAACUACCAAUUAAAAUGGUAAACUUGAUUAGUAGGUUGAUAAAAUGUUUUUUGAGCUAACAACUUUGGGGGGGCAUUUAUUUAUUUAUUAUUACAUUUUAUAUCUCGCCUUUCCUUCAAGGAGCUCAAGGUAGCUCACAUAGUUGUUCUCUCUAUUUUAUUCUCCCAACAACCUUGCGGGGUAGGUUAGGCUAAGAGACAGUGGCUGGUCCGUGGGAGCUUCCUUGCAGGGGAUUGCAAACACUCACCACACCAGACCAACUUAUUUGCAAGGAUGUUUCAUAUUUUGUCUGUUCGUUCCUUGCGAGGCUCUCCACCUUAGAGAGGAAAUGCAAAGUUGUGGUGUCACAACCCAAAGGCCCUGCUCUGCCUGUUCAUUGAUUUAACCUCCUCAACAGGUAGAACUUGAAGUGGAGCCUUCCCAGUGUGUCUUAAACACUGGGUGAAUAGUAAUAUUCCGACCUGAAGAUCACACUGUAGAUGGUUGAUGCUUUUUGCACAACUCUGCAAGGUUGCCUUUAUUCCUGUUUUAUAGUUUGGGGAAACUGAGAGAGAAUGAUUCACUCAAAGUCCCUCGGUUAGUUUGCCUCAGAGGUGGAGCUUGAACCAAGGGCUGCCAGGUCCAAAGUCAACUGUCUAGGAAACUGCAUUUGUUCACUGCCUUUCCAACUUGCCUCUACCAUUUCUGCUUGCAGGCGAGCGCCCAUACAAAUGCCCUCACUGUGACUAUGCUGGCACACAGUCUGGCUCUCUCAAGUACCACUUGCAGCGCCAUCAUCGGGAGCAGAAGAGUGCUGCGGCUGCAGCAGCUGCUGCGGCAGGAACGCUGGAACGGUGCCACAUUCCCCUCGCUCCCACCGCAGUCCCUGCCUUUCCCGCCACGCAGCUCGCCAAGAGCCACGGGCCCUUCCUGUCUCUCGGGAGCUUGGGAGCAGCUCGGUCCCGCCCAUCCCGCCGCAAGCCGCUGCUCAACGGGAAGACCGACUUCCAGCCCCUGGACCUGUCGCUGCGCCCGGCUUUGGCGGGAGGAGCCCUCCACCGCUGCCAGUUCUGUCCCUUCGCCACCUCGGCUCCGGAGCUCAUGGAGUUACAUCUCCAAGUCCACCACAGCAGGAAAGCCCGAACCCGCCGCUGCUCUCACACUGCCCCUAAACCCCGGGGGGUGGCGGAGGAGGAGCUGCCCGAACCCCAGAGCCCCCAGCUGAAAGCACCCGAGUCUCUAAGUCCAAAGGGGGAGAUGACCAAACCUCAGAACCUCUGGCAUUCAGAAGACCAGGGAGAACUUCCCCGGCCUGAGUUGCCCCGCGGGAAGAGGACGCCCGAUCGAGCAAUAGUUGCCAGCCUCUCUCCUGGAGCCGCACCAGCUAACCAAGAUUGGGAGAACCUGUCACAAGACUCUGAAGAGCCAAGAGCAGAGGAGGAAUUGCCUGCCCCCAAGGUCCAAAAGGGCCCACACCAGGAGACAUCUAAGACAGGCCAAGGCCUUAUGGAAUUGCAGCUGGAGCCAGUGCAGGCCUGA